GAUCAGAAGGAGAGCAGGUGGAGCGGCGAAACGGAGCCGGUGUUUUCAGAAACGAGACUCGCAGCUUGAUAAGGAUCAAAGUACUUCAUAUCCUGUCCUUCGUUCUCAGUACCAACCGACAGCUUUACGAGGACGAGUUGAUUGAGAUGGUAGUGAUCCCCCAGCUCAGUGGCAUAGCUGAAGACCGGGACCUUGCCGUCCGAAAACAGGCCACCCAGCUGCUGGUGGACCUGGCAGAGGGCUGCAACACACACCACUUCAGCAGCCUGCUGGACAUCAUUGAGAAGGUGGCCAGCCGCUCUCUGGUGAGUUCAGGGCCCCUGGAGGUCACUGAGAGAGACCCCACAGGAGAGUCUCCUAUGGAGGACGUUAGGACGGCUAUACUGGGCCUGCUGGAAAUCCUGCAGAGCAAGCUCUACAGCCUACCAGCCAGUCACGCCAGUCGUGUGUAUGAGCUGCUAAUCAGCCACCUGCAGCUCCACUACAAGAACAAAUACUGCUCAGCUAUCGCUUGCAGCAUCAGACUGCAGGUGUUUGACUUCUUCCUGAUGAUGCGAGUGGACUCUCUUCACCGCCUUGGUGUCCCCAACAAAGACGGGGUCCUGAGGUUUAGCCCUUACUGCUACUGUGACACAGGGAUUUUAAAUGGUGGUUUCAGGGAGCCAGAGAAGCGUGUCAGUGAGAAGAAGCCUGCAGGUUCAACAUCUCCUCCAGCUGGCAGCCCUGCCCCCCCCACUGCUCCUUCAGCUUCAACAGCCUCCAUCCGCUCGGCCUACCUGCCCUACGCACCGGCCUUCAAUGUCCUCCUGCAGGGCCUGAAGAUGGAGACCGAUUGGAAGGUGCUGAAGCUGGUUCUGGACAAGCUGCCGUGGACGCUGCAGUACAAAGUGCUGCUGCUCACAUCCCCAUGCAGCUUGGACCAGCUGUGCUCCACACUCUGCUGCAUGGUGACAGACCGGCUGAUAUCGGAGCGUUUGAAGAAGACCCCAGACGGGUUUUCUCGCACUGACGUUCAGCUGGCGGUGGUUCCUGUUCUCACAGCGAUCACCUCCUACCAUAACUACCUGGAGCAGGCAAGACAGAGAGAACUGGUUCAGUGCCUCGAGACCGGCCUCAUCUACCGCUGUGCCAAGCAGUGUGUGGUGGCGCUUACAAUGUGCACGGUGGAGAUGCCUGACAUCAUGAUCAAGCUCCUCCCCGCUCUUAUCGUCAAGCUCACCCACAUCUCUGCCACUGUUGCCAUGGCAUCACCUAUGCUCGAGUUCCUCUCCACUCUGGUGCGCCUCCCACAUCUGUACGCCAACUUUGUAGCUGAGCAGUAUGUCAGCGUGUUUGCCAUCUCUCUACCCUACACUAACCCUUCCAAGUUCAACCAGUACAUCGUAUCCCUGGCCCACCAUGUGAUCGCCAUGUGGUUCAUACGCUGCAGACUCCCCUUCCGCAAAGACUUUGUUCAGUACAUCACAAAGGGUCUGCGCUCCAACGCCCUGCUGCCGUUCGAUGACGGUCACGAGCAGAGUGCGUUUCGUGCCCGAAGCACCAGCCUCAACGAGCGGCCCAAGAGUAUGCGGGCGGCGAAAGUGGCGAAGGCGGCGGCGGCGGUAGCCAAUAGCAGCGGCUCUCCAGUUAAAGAGCUGAGGGACCUUUCGGCCAUGGACGCUUUCCGCUCCCGCAGCAUCAGUGUCUCGGAACAUGCGGUUCGCAGGAUGCACACCUCCACCACCACCUGCUCUCUGGGCUCCGCUGAUGAAAACGCGGUGACUCCGGCGGACGAGGGUCUGAAGACUGUCCACCUGGAGCUCACUGAGACCUGUCUGGACAUGAUGGCACGAUAUGUCUUUUCUAACUUCUCCGCCCUGCCCAAAAGGUCUCCCAUUGCAGAGUUCCUUUUAACGGGGGGUCGCAGUAUGACCUGGCUGGUGGGCAACAAGCUGGUGACCAUAACAACCAGCGGAGGGGUCAGAGCGCAGGCGCUGCUGGGCCUGGACAUUGCCGAGCGGCUGGGAGGAGGAGGGGAGAUGACCAGGUCAGACCCAUCCCUCCACACCCGAAUCACCAAAGAGGCUCCGGCCAAACUGGAGUCACAGUCGAGUCAGCAGCACAACAGAGCCACGCGCAUACGGGUCCGCUCCAUGUCAGGGGGCCAUGCUCUUCGUGCCGGUCCUGCUCAGAGCCUCAGUCCUCUGGUGUCCCCCUCUGAGGGCGAGCUAGCUGCUCCGCUCUCCCCCCCCUCUGUCUCCACCCUGGAUGGUNAUCCACGCCUUCAUCACCUCCCCUCCACUGGCUCCCCAUCCCCCAGAGAAUUCAGUACAAGAUCCUCCUGA